AUGGCAGCAGGCAUCUGUGUUAAACAUGGACUAUUGAGCAGUAAAAGCUGGCUUUAUUUCACUGUUCAUACUAAAAUAUUACCGGGCAGCGCGUGCGUCCUCAGACGCGCCAGCAGCGCAUCAGCUGACAACGAGAAGUUCUGCCUGGAUCUGGUCAGGUCCAGAGACUAUGACGGCUUCGUGUGCUCCUUACUCCUCCCAGAGGAGGCGCGGCGCUCCUCCCUGGCUCUGAGAGCGUUCAACGUGGAGCUGGCACAGGUGAAGGACUCAGUUUCCCAGAAGACCAUUGGUCUGAUGCGGAUGCAGUUCUGGAAAGCGGCAAUAGAGGAAAUCUACAGAGACGAGCCUCCGAAACAGCCGAUCAGCUACGAGCUGUGGAGGGCGGUGAGGAAACACUACCUGACAAAGAGAUGGCUGCUGAGGAUCAUAACAGAGAGAGAGAAGGAUAUGGAUGACAGAGCCUACAGGAACCUGCAGGAGCUGGAGUCGUACUCAGAGAACACACAGUCCUCCUUAUUAUACCUGCUGCUGGAGUGUUUAGGGGUGAAGAACGUCCAUGCAGACCACGCAGCGAGUCACAUUGGCAAAGCUCACGGCAUCGUGACGUGUCUGAGAGCGACUCUGUAUCACAGCAGCCGACGGAAAGUCUACCUGCCGAUGGACAUCUGCAUGCUGCACGGAGCUUCUCAGGAGGAUUUCAUCCGAGGCAGUCGGGAGCAGAGCAUCCGGGACGUCACGUAUGACAUCGCCAGUCAGGCUCACGUUCACCUGGAACACGCUCGAUCUUUUAGCAACGACGUCCCACCAGCUGCUACUCCAGCUUUCCUCCAGACGGUGGUGCUGGAGGAUUAUCUACAGAGAGUGAGGAGGGCAGAUUUUGACGUUUUCCAACCGAGUCUGCAGAAGAGAAACCCUCUGCUCCCCAUUCAGCUGUACCUCCGCUCCUGGAAGAAGACCUACUGAUAGACCACCUCCUCCUCCACCUCCUCCUCCUCCUCUUCUGGCUCGGUGCAGCAGGUCUGCAAAAGGAAUCUGUUGUUUUGAAGCGUACACUGCCUCUGGAAUAAAAACACCUCUUCAGUCACAUAUGUUACUGUUGCCAUAAUCACUCAACUUCAAGCAUUUCAUAUUUAAUUACACUGUGAUGAGAUGUGUUCUUUGAGCUUAAAGUAUAAUUAUGGUUUGGCUGCAAUUUUGCUUUUUUAAUUUUUAACCACAAAGUUGCUCCGAAACCAGAAGGACUGAGGUCAAGAGCGAAAACUGUGCUUUCCUGUUUCCGCCACAUCUGAGGAACUGUGAAGAUUAUGCAAAUUAGACCCAGAAAAAAAACCCAAAAUGACUGCAGCGUUUACAAAUGAAGGAGCAGCAGCAGUUGUCAUGUUUGUUCUUUCUUUGUAUGAAUGAAUGAAAGGAAGAAAUGCAGAGGAGGAAAUGACCUGCUGAUGUUUU